CCUCCCUCCUCCUCCUCCUCCUCCUCCUCCUUCUGCUGAAGUGCACUGGAAGCCAACAACCAACCAUCCUCUGCCUCUCCAUCUCCCUCUCUCCGGGCUGAGACAGAAAGGUCUCGGUCUCACCAUCAAUGGCGUAAGGCAGGAACAAAAUCCUUGCGUGCCCGAAACCAUCGAAAAGGAAGCCCUUGUUCUUUUGCUGGGUGGGUUUCUUUCUUUAUCAGUCAUCUUGAAGGGAGGCAUUCGGGAACAGUCCAGUCGCAGCAGAGUGUCGGGAGAGAGGCCGAGGAAGGAGAGAGAGAGAGAGAGAGCCGGAGGAAGAGCACCCACGACGGCGUCUUCGUGCAUGAGGAAGGAGGGAGGAGGGAGAGGCGAGAGCGACGGGGACGAGAGGAGCCGCAAACCUGGGAAAGCACGGGGAGUCACUGGGCGGAGGAGGAAUCUUCGACUGCUUCCAUGAGAUCACGACGGCCCUCGCGUUCGCCAACGCUAGGAUGAGCGAUUCCGCCUACCGAGUCGACACCACGCCCCGCCUCGCCCAAUGGAGGAUCGACAACCUCGCCUCCUGCACCUACCGCAAGUCCGAUCCUUUCAAGAUCGGUCUCUGGAAUUGGCAUCUAUCCCUGGAGAAGAACCGGAUUUUGUAUGUUAAAUUGUACCCGGAGAUCUCGGCCGUGACAAGAGAUAAUCCCCCGAUCGCAUCCUUCAUCGUUCGCGUGGUUUGUUCCGCCGGCGGCGGUCGCAAGACUUUGACACACCCUGAAAUAACAGAUAAGCAGCUCAAGAAUAACGACGAUUUCAUUUGGGCGAUCGAGGUCCCACUAACCGGAAAGUUCAUUAUUGAUGUCGAGUUCCUCGAUCUCAAGAUCAAGUCCCCGGAGGGUGUAGAACCUUGCUCCAUUUGGGCUGAAGGGUUCACGCACAAGCUAUCGAAUCUGACAGCGCUUUCGACCCUCGGUCGAAUGUUAAAGGAAGGCAUCCACACGGACAUCAUUAUCAAUGCUUGCAACGGGAGCAUCGGAGCCCACCUUGCUGUGCUUUCCUCGAGAUCCCCGGUCUUCCGCGGCAUGUUCGCGCAUGACCUGAAAGAGAAAGAGCUUUCCACCAUAAACAUUUCAGACAUGUCGAUCGAGGCCUGCGAGACUUUCCUUCAUUACAUCUAUGGCAAUAUUAAGCAAAGCGAUUUUCUCGAGCACCGGCUCGCACUCCUUCGGGCAGCAGAUAAGUAUGAUGUAGCCGACUUGAGGGAGGCAUGCCACGAGAGCCUCCUGGAAGACAUAGACUCCCAGAACGUCCUUGAGCGGCUUGAGAACGCGCAUCUUUAUCAGUUACACAAACUGAAGACCAGCUGCCUGCUGUAUCUUGUGAAGUUUGGUAAGAUAUUCGACAUCAGAGAUGAUUUGAACGCCUUCAUUCAAUCCGCUGACAGGGACCUCGUGGCGGAGAUCUUUCAAGAGAUUCUCAAUGCAUGGAGGGGUUUCUGAGGAUUCUACACGACAAGACACGAAAGGGAAAACGAGAAGAAGAAAGCAUAGCGCGUCAAUCGAUCUCAGUUAUACUGUCCUAGUCCUGCAAAGUGGGCUUCUAGCUGUAGUUCCUUAAUACAAUGCUAUUGAAGGUCAUUCUUUUGAUUGUCCAGCUGUACAUAAAUUGGUUGUGAUUCAAGCUGAUUGAUAUUUGUUAAGAGAACUGAUUUCAUUAUGAUGUAAUGAUAAUUUAUUCAAGAGUGAAAAGUCUCGACAUUUGGCCGUUUUAUC